UCCGCCGCCGCCGCCAUGGCCCGGCCGCUGGUGCCUAGCUCGCAGAAGGCGCUGCUGCUCGAGCUUAAGGGGCUGCAGGAGGAGCCGGUCGAGGGCUUUCGGGUGACCCUGGUGGACGAGGGCGACCUGUACAACUGGGAGGUGGCCAUCUUCGGCCCCCCAAACACCUAUUACGAGGGCGGCUACUUCAAGGCUCACCUCAAGUUCCCCAUCGACUACCCGUACUCGCCUCCAGCAUUCCGAUUCCUCACCAAGAUGUGGCACCCCAACAUCUAUGAGACAGGGGAUGUGUGCAUCUCUAUCCUGCACCCCCCGGUUGAUGAUCCCCAGAGUGGGGAGCUGCCCUCAGAACGGUGGAACCCCACCCAAAAUGUCAGGACCAUUCUCCUGAGCGUGAUCUCCCUCCUGAAUGAGCCCAACACCUUCUCCCCGGCCAACGUGGACGCCUCUGUGAUGUACCGGAAGUGGAAGGAGAGCAAGGGCAGGGACCGCGAGUACACAGAUAUCAUCCGGAAGCAGGUCCUGGGGACCCAGGUGGACGCGGAGCGGGAUGGAGUGAAGGUGCCCACCACGCUGGCCGAGUACUGUGUGAAGACCAAGGCCCCGGUGCCAGACGAGGGCUCAGACCUGUUCUAUGACGACGACUAUGAGGAUGGCGAGCUGGGGGAGGGGGCUGACAGCUGCUUCGGGGACGACGAGGACGACUCGGGGCCCGAGGAGUCCUGA